AUGCCUUCUGGAAUGCUUUAUAUCUCUCCACAGCUGCAUGAUUUCCAAGACGAGUUUCGUACCAGGCGGUCUUGGAAUAUAACGCCAUCUCAGCUGGCCACUAGGAGUUUGAAUGUAAUUCGCGAUAUUGUGGAGAACAUGAACAUCUCUUCAAAUCCAAAGAAGCACAUGAUACCUCUGUCAAUUGGGGACCCUACAAUCUUUGGAAACCUGCAGCCUUGUGAAGAGAUUGUGGAGGCAAUUGUGGAGAGCGUACGCUCGAUGAAGUUCAAUGGUUAUGCUGAGAGCACAGGCAUGGAGGAAGCCCGCCAGGCCGUAGCUACCUACACUUCGUGUUCUGGAGCAAUUAUUCAGGCCAAGGAUGUGAUUUUAACCAGUGGUUGUUCUCAAGCAUUGGACAUGUGCAUCACCGCGUUGGGCAAUACGGGUCAAAAUAUCCUCGUUCCAAGGCCUGGCUUCCCACUUUACCGUACACUGGCUGAAGGAGCAGGGAUAGAGAUUAAAUAUUACAAUCUUGUGCCCGAACAGAAGUGGGAGGUAGAUUUAGCAGAUUUAGAAAACCAGAUUGACGAUAGUACAGCUGCAAUCAUUGUCAACAACCCUUCUAAUCCCUGUGGGUCGGUGUUCUCCAGAAACCAUUUGCAAGCAAUCCUAGAUGUCGCUGCCAGGAAACUUGUCCCGAUAAUUGCAGAUGAAAUUUAUGAACAUUUCGUGUUCCCUGGAUACAACUACUCAUCCAUUGCUUCCCUGUCAACCGAAAUACCAAUACUUUCGUGCAGUGGUUUGACAAAAAG